AGAGAGCGGAAGAGACGUGGCAACAUAAACAGAGACAGGAAGACAGGAAGAGACCUGCUACCGACAAGUUUACCCAUGACAGCUCCCGGAGCUUCCAGUCAUGUGAUUUUCUCCCACAGAUAGCGUGAAUGUUAGCCGUACGACAUUCCCUCAGGCCGCCGGGACUUUAUUGAAGUCUGUUUUCACAGCACAGGAGGCCAUGGGUCUCUGCAAGUGUCCAAAGAGAAAGGUGACCAAUCUGUUCUGCUUUGAGCAUCGCGUCAACGUGUGUGAGCAUUGCUUGGUCUCCAACCACAACAAGUGUAUUGUGCAAUCGUAUCUGCAAUGGCUUCAGGACAGUGACUAUAACCCAAACUGUUGUCUGUGCAAUAAUCCACUGAAUUCCGAAGACACGGUCAGGCUCGUCUGUUAUGAUGUAUUUCACUGGGCCUGUCUGAACGACUUGGCAUCCCGCCUGCCUCUGCAUACGGCUCCAGCGGGAUACCAGUGUCCCAGCUGUCAGGGUCCAGUGUUCCCCCCCUCCAAUUUGGCCAGCCCGGUCGCCGAUGUGCUUAAAGAGCAGCUGUCAUCUGUUAACUGGGCUCGGGCAGGUUUAGGCCUGCCCCUGAUCGAAGAGCCAGUGGACGUCCUUCAUGAGGUCACAGCUAACGAUGUUACAGACGACACUGACUGGUCGUCAUUUGGUGGACAAGACCAAAGCCACAUUUACCACAGCCACUCUUACAAUGCCGGCCUUGGCCAAGCACCCAGUACGUCACCCCCAGCAGAAGGCGACAUCGGGCUUCCUCAUAAGAAUGGGGAUUCAAACAUACAGGACCACACAGUGGUCAACUUCCCCGCGACCACGACGUGCGACACCAUCACUAUUCACGCAGGAUCGUCACCAAGAAAGGUCUACGACACACGAGACAGCAGCUCCGUCACGCAGAUAGACUUUGACGAUGACAAGUACAGACGACGACCGGCAUUGAGCUGGUUUGCUCAAAUUCUCAAGAACCGCACAGGCGCAAAGCGGACGUCUCUGUCCUGGAAGCAGCGAGUCUUCAUGCUUCUCUUAGUCGGAGUGCUGGGAUUCUUUACAUUGAUUAUCAUCAUGGCCAAACUGGGCCGUGCCUCAGCUGGUUCUGACCCAAAUUUAGAUCCUCUAUUAAACCCGCAUAUCCGUGUGGGCAAAAACUGAAGUCAAAUAUUACUUAUAUUUCCCUCACCCCCAUCUGUUACACAGCUUUCGCAUGUGUAUGUGUACGGGGCGCUGUAGUACCCAAUGUGGCCACCAGAGGGCGCCAUUUACGCACCUGGAAUUGUAAAACGGAUUCUAUUGAUUUCAUUUCUAGUCAGCUCAAACAAAUCUGUAUUGCAGUCUAAUGGGAACAAUAUUUAUUUUAUCCAACCUAAACCUUCACUAUGGUGUAUAUUUUGACACGGAAAGGAAAUAUCCCCAAUCGUGAACUAAUUGCGUAGUGCAGUGCAUCAGAACUGAAGUUGAAAGAAAAUAACAUAACCUAAUUAUUAUUAAUUGACAUGUAUAUUGAGUGCUUUUAAAUACUUUAUCUGUGUACAUUUUCCUGCUGUUGGGGGAUUGGUUUUUGAUGCAUUAAACGGGAAUACUA